UUACAGUGCUGUUAAAAAUAGAACUGCCAACCUGUUCUAAACUAAACAGCUGUUAAAUGUAAAUAUAAACAAGUUUUAAAAAUGCCGACUUUUGCCAAUUUUAACGUAAAAACCACAAUUGAUUGCAAACAAGGAGCUGUUCGAGCCGUGCGAUACAAUGUGGACGGCAGCUACUGCUUGAGUUGUGGGUCUGAUAAAAAGAUAAAACUUUGGAAUCCGGUAUCGGGACUCCUCCUGAAAACUUACGGCGGCCAUGCCGAUGAAGUUACGGACGUGGCAGGUAGCUGUGACAGCAGUCACAUCGUUUCCUCCAGUUUGGACAAGAGCGUCAUCUACUGGGACGUGUCUACGGGAACUCCGGUACGGCGUCUGCGUAGCCAUGCGGGUGGCGUGCGAUGCGUCUGCUUCAACGAGGACUCUUCGGUGGCCAUUUCCGGAGGCAGGGACAAUGCCGUUAUGUGCUGGGACAUUCGCACCCGCCGCCUUGAUCCCGUGCAAGUGAUGAAGGAGGCUCGGGACUGCAUAACAACAGUCCUGACCAACGAGAACAGAAUCUAUGCCGCCUCCCUGGACGGCUGCGUGCGGACCUACGAUAUCCGGGUGGGUGAAAUGACCUGCGAUAAAGUAGGAGAGCCCAUCACCUAUCUGGCUCAGACGAGAGACGAACAGUGCCUGGUGGCGGGCUGUCAGGAUGGUGUGGUUCGUCUGGUGGACUGCGAGACCGGCGGCCUACUCUUGGAGUACAAGGGCCAUCUAGCAGAUGACUAUCAUAUCGAGUGCGGCAUCCUGGCCAACGAUGCUCACAUCGUAUCGGGCUCUGGGAACGGACAUGCCUUUGUGUGGGAUCUCCUCGAGGGAAAUGUUCUCCAGAAGAUUCGCAUAAGUGACAACGGUGGGGUAGUCCACUCCUUGGCCACUCACCCGAAGCGACAGGAGCUGCUGUUUGCCAGGCGCCGGGAUAUGUACGUCUUCUCCGCAGACUUGCAGAUAGAAGAGGAGCAAUUAUAGAUGCUCCCUGAUAGACUAUGCUAGAAUAUAGAUUAGGAUGUAAUAUAGAUUUUAAGGAA